GCGAGCAAGUUUGUUUGAAUGGAUACAGAAGUUCAAAGAACGUAGCACAGGUGUCAGUCAUGAAGACGGAACUGGAAGGUCGUCCACAUCCACGACUGAUAACAACAUCAAAAGUGCACGUAAACUGAUUCUGUCGAAUGGACAGGUGGCAUUGAAUGAUAUGGCAAAUCAUUUGUGAAUCAGUCAUGGCUCUGUUUAUGCAAUACUCCGCGAUAGACUUAGGUUUCGAGAAGUUUAUACGAAGUGGUACCGAAACAAUCGACGAAGAGGCGAAUACGGCACUGCAUUCGUGGUUCGCGGCUCAGUCGAAAACAUUUUUUAAUGAGGGAAUACGAAAGCUCUUUAGCAGAUGGAUAAAGUGUAUUGAAAAGCUGGGCGAUUAUGUAGAAAAAUGAAGUUUUUCAGAUACAAUUACGAACAGGUUAUUCGAUGACUGAUUUAAGAGGCGAUUUAUCAGGUUUAUAUUUGAAAUCUGGAUUGAAAGGAAUCGGAAUAACUUUCAUGAUGACUGAUUCUCAUAUCGCCGAUGAAAAAUUUCUGGUACUUAUAAGCGAUAUGCUCGCUAUUGGCGAAAUCUCCGAAUUAUUCGCCGAUGAUGAGGUAGAUAAUAUCGUGAACGCCUUAAGAACUGAGGUAAAACAAACCGGUACGAUGGAUACCAAAGAAAAUUGCUGGAAAUUUUUCAUAAAUCGAGUUCGAAAUUUGUUAAAAUGCAUUCUUUGCUUUUCUCCCGUUGGUGCAACAUUACGAAACAGGGCUAGACAGUUUCCAGCAAUCGUAAACAACACUUCGAUCAAUUGGUUUCAAAGCUGGCCACAGGAUGCCUUGAGAUCAGUUUCCUCCAGGUUCUUAGAAGAAUUAGAAGACCUUCCAAAAAAAUACAAGCCAUCAGCCUCUUUGUUCAUGUCAUACGUGCAUACUAGUGUGAAUGAUAUAUCUUCGCUUUAUUUACAAAACGAGAGAAGGUACAACUAUACGACUCCAAAAACGUUCUUGGAGCAAAUUUCUUUGUAUUCGAAAUUGCUUGUGGAAAGAACCUACGACGUAAAAGCGAUGAUAGAGAGAUUGAAAAACGGCUUGGAAAAGCUAGAAUCUUGUGCUGGCCAAGUAAGCGAAUUAAGAGUGGUGUUAGCAGCCCAAGAAAUCGAAUUGAAAAAGAAGAAUGAAAUUGCAGAUAAAAUUCUUGCCGAAGUCCGAGCAGAGAAUACUAAAGCCGAAGGGGAAAAAGCUAUUGUGUCCGAGGAAGAGGCAAAGGUAGCCGAAAUAAAAGAAACAGUAGCAGAGAGACAAAGGAGGUGCGACGAGGAUUUAGCAAAAGCAGAGCCUGCUGUUCGGCAAGCUGAAGCUGCUCUUGACACAUUAAAUAAAUCCAUAAUUAUCAAAAUCGAGUUGACAAUGUUGCAAGAACAUCGAGAUAUAUUGUAG